AUGAGACAUCGCGUGGCCGUCGAAUUCGAGCCGCGCGCGCCUGCCUCUAGUUCGAAAAUGGCUCCACGAGGCCUCUCAUCUGAAGAGAAACGCGUCAAAUUGCUCGAAAUCUUCCAUGAAACUAAAGACUUCUACCAGCUGAAAGAGCUCGAGAGGCUCGGUCCGAAAAUGAAGGGAAUAGUUUCGCAGUCUGUAAAGGAAGUUCUCCAGUCGCUCGUUGACGAUGGGCUGGUACAAGGUGAUAAAAUUGGCUCUUCGAAUUUUUUCUGGAGCUUCCCAUCCCAGCAUGGCGCAUUGAUUCAAGGGCGACUGAAUGCAGCUAACGAGCAGCGCGCUGCAAAUCAGGCUCAGCUCGAUGAGAUCAAAGUCUCCAUUCAAUUCGAAAAGGGUUUGCGGGUAGAAUCUGAAUCCCGCACCAAGUCUUUGGAGAAACUCGUGAUUUUGAAAAAAGAGUUAUGCAAGCUGGACGAUGAACUCGGCGCAUACGGUGCCUGUGAUCCCGUGAAAUUGGAAGAAACUAAGCGUGGCAUCACCUUGGCCAAAGAAGCUGCUAUUCGUUGGACCGACAAUUACGGUGUUCUCAUGUCUUACUUUCUUCGGCAGUCCCUUGUGGAAUCUAGUGAGAUUCGACGGUACCUUGGCGUGGAUGAUGAAUAUGAGGAUAUAUGCUAGCUUUAUUGGACUUCCCUUAUCAAAUUCCGCCCGUCGCUUUUCACUCAAUGUGUCACCUCUUUGGGUUUAAGUUUCAACCCUCAUGCCUGUAGAUCAGCAUCAGUUGCUCCGCAUCACCGUGUAUAAUAGUAAAGCCUAGUUCAGUGGUGUGUUGGUAAAAAUUCAGUCUCACGAAGUACUCUUGAAACAAACUUUUGUAUGCUUG